ACGAUAUCGUUUGCUUCAAUGUUUUGUAUACUCGACAGUUACGAAUCAUGUUAAUCACUCUAAGAAUAUCAAUUUUCAUUUAUUAUAUAUGGUGCAUAAUUUUUAAUUAUACUCCAAUUAACUCGUUACACAUCUGUGAUAACAACACCACUAAAACAAAUGAAGGAACAGCAAAUUGGAAAUAUAAGGGGUUGCGUUACACAACAUCUGAGGACGUCCUAUGCUGGGAAAAAAGUGGUCAGAUGUUUAUACGUGAGUGCGAUACUAACUCUGGUCAUUGGGGUCCAAAACCAGUAGAGUGUAAUGAGAAAAAAAAUAAUAAUAAGUUUUGUCCGGAUGACCUCUUUGAAAUUCAACAAAAUGAUGACGACCCGCUUUGUUUAAAAAUUUCCACUAAUCCGGAAGCAUAUAAUGAAACCUUCUGCUACGGUUCAAAUAAAAUAAUACCAUUAGAUCUAUCAUCACCUGAAAUCACCAAAGUUAUGCUGCUAUUAAAACAAAAAGGGAUUAAUGAGUACUGGUUGCCAAUAAAACGAAACAAUGAAUUUAUGCCAUUCAUGAUAAAUUUGCCAGGAGAACGGUGGCGGAAUGUCAUUGACGAACCAGUAGUUGAAUUUAAGUCUGAUCUUUACUGCUUGAAGCACAGCCUAGACAGAUUAAAAAUUGAAUUGAGUGAUUGCAACACAUUUUUACACACGGUCUGUGUUUUUAAACGUAGUCUUUUAUCUAAUUCAGGGUGUCCAGAAGGAUUUGGUGCCUUAAGCUAUCAGCCAAAUGAAUGCUACGGUAUUAACUGGAAGGAAAAACCCCAGAAUCAUGUGCACAUCAGAGAAUACUUUGAAAAACGGAACUCUAUUAGAAUGGUACUACAAGAGUUUAUUCCACAAGAAAAAGAGAACUACUUUUUUAAAGUUGAUAGCUUUGUUGAUAGUUUUUCUGAUAAAUAUAUGGUAAUAAUGAAUAAAUAUGAAAAGACAAAAGUUACCUAUGAAAACUCUAAAUGGUUUCCAGUAUUGAGUAAGCAGAUUAUAAAAGCACCAUCGCCAUUUUUAAUGAAAUUAAAAUUCGAUGAAAACUUAAGCGAGUUAAUUCUAGUGAUUUACUACCGCAAUUACCUAUGGACUAAUGAAUACAACGACAUUGGUGUUCAAUGUUUUACUAAUGCAGGCUAUGAACUUUUAAAAAAAACCUUUAUUGAUCUUAUAUUUCAAAAUGAAAAUAAAACACGUUCUAUUUUUAAACUAAAAUUAGUUGAAGAUGGUCCUGGAGAGUAUUGGUGCGAAGGUCAUACCAUUUUUAAUUUUCAGUGGGUAUCCACUCAACGAUUGAUAGCUUUUAAGAAGAUGCGUGGCCAUAUCUUUGCUACGCGGUUAGAUAUCCCAUGCACUUAUCAGAACUAUGAAAAUAUUGUUAAUUUAUGUAUUUACAUAAUCAAUAGCUCUGCAAAAAUUGGUAAAAUAAUUCGAAAUGUUUUAGUGAAGAAUGCGAUGGAUAGUCUUAGUGAUCUUGUUAUACACAAUGUCCGUAUUAUGAAUAUUGAGAGCGUUACAAAACUCUCCAUGGUUUGUUGGGCUCAUGUAAUGGCACAACUAGAAAUGUCUAAUAAGAGAAGUAACGAGGUAAGUGCCGAAGACGUCUCUGAAAAAGGUUCAAAAAUUAUUCACGAUACAUUUUCAACCAUUCGUAUUUACAAAAAACUUAUUAAAAUAAAUAGUAACUUAAUGAAUGUAAUACGUAGUACAGAAUACUGUUUUCCUGACAUUUUUUCGUCACGAAACUUAAUGGAGAGUCAAUGGACGCAGGUUCGAAGGGGAGAAAAGGGUACGGCACAGAUUUUAUGCCUUCAAAACAAUGGUAUUCCAUAUACGAGACUGUGUGCAGGAGACUUUGUGCAUGGGGCAUAUUGGGAAUUAUUAACACAAUCUAUCAAUUGUGAAAAUCCUCAAGAUAUUACAAAAAUGUUAUAUGAUCUGGAGAACACUCGUAUGAUUGAAGAAGCACCAGAAAAGGUUGUACAAGAAACUAAAAGCUUAAUUAAACAAAACAAACAAAAAAUUGGCCCAGGCGAUGUAUACUUAAUUUCUAACAUUAUUCAAGUCUCUAUCCGGAAUCUUGCCAUCCCAAAUGUAUUCUCUUUCAAUGAAAUAGUAGGAGAGCUAGCUCAAAACACUGCAAAGUGGAAAUAUGUAAUUUAUGACAUUAUAGAAAUCUACAAUAUCCUCACAGAUUUAGAAGUAGACGUAAUAAGUAUGUCAGCUGAUCUGAAUUCAACCAACAAAUUUUUAGAAACUUUUGAAAAUUCAAUUGAUACUCUAUCAUCCUUACAAUAUUUUGAUCAAAACAGCUUCUAUGAGGAAGAAGAUAUUGGAUAUAAACUGGAUUUUGAAGCUUUCGACUACAUAGACAUUGGCGUAUCCGUAAAAGCUUCUCAUAAAUUUUUAUACUUUUAUAUUAAUCCGUUAGUUGCAAAUGUAUCUGGAAUAGCUUUAUUUAAUAAUAAUACAAGUGGCAAAGCUCCACAUAUAUUAAAAGGUGAAUUUUACAAUGAGCAUUACCGAUUUCUGCAAUCUAAUCAUGACAUUGAAGACUUUAUCAAUGAAUCAAAUUUACUACUUGCCACGUAUGUACCAAAAAGACUUUUAAAUCGUUUGAAAACUUUUUCAAACAUAUUUAAUCAAAUAAAUAAAAUCCCUCCAAUAGUGGUCAUUAAAAUAUACUCCAAUGGCAAUCUUUUUCAGCAGAAUAAUGUUACACAAUCUGUAUCGAGCCGUAUAGUAUCAAUAUCCAUGCCUGGUUACAAUACAAAUCUGCCUGAGGCACUGCCGCUUAUUCUAAGAAGAUGGCAUACUGACCAACAUACUCAUUCAGAGCAGUAUUGCCACUACUGGAACUAUGGUAAUUGGGCUACCGAUGGUAUAACAAUGUAUAAAAAUGCUGCAACAAGCGAAGAUAUAGUUAUUUGUCUUUUAACACACUUGACUCCAUUUGCUUAUCUUGUAGGCGUUAACCUUACGUUUGAUAAGGAGAUUGGGACGUAUUCAAAGAAAAUGCAUGAUCAUGCCUUAGAUAUAAUAACAGUGUUGGGCUCACUAUCUUUGUUGGUCGUAUGUUGUAUUUUUAUCACAGCUGCAAAAUUUUAUUCUUGGCGGCACAAGAGUCUCUAAUAUUUAACUGCAUAUAUCAUUAUCCAUUUCUGUGCAGAUGUUCAUUUUUUUGUUCGCCAACAACACUCAUCAACACGAUCUUUCCUCAAGGAACCGAACGGACUUUUUCGGAUAUGGUUUAAUAAGAUUUUUUUUUAUGCAGAACUUUUUUCAGAAUAAAAAAAAUUGUAUUUUUGUUUAUGCUUUUUUCAGAGGU